AUGCCGACCUCGACAGGCGUGAGCAGUGUCGACGUGAGCUGGAUGCAUUUCCCCCACCGAGAAUCCCCCGCACACAACCGCCUCCCCCAGCCUCACGCACACCACCGCCGCCGCGCCCCUCCCCCCACGCCCUCCCGCCGCGGCUCCUGGCUCAGCAGCAUCUCCAGCAAGUUCUCCUCCAGCGCCUCCUCCACCUCUGCCUCCGACCCCACCGCCACCACAACCUCGCCACCCGGCAACCCCCCACCACCCGGCUUCCUCAUCAGCACGCUCCGCAAACUCUCCACGCCCGGCCGCAGCGCCCGCGCCGGCGUCUUCGCAAGCGAGCGCGUGGUCCUCAACCGCGACCCCACGCGCGAGCGAUGCAAGAUCACAGAGCUGGACGGCGGCAAGCUGCGCAAGGUGGCGUUCUGUGUCGAUGUUGAGGUGGCCCCCAUCUUUGAGGACAGCAAGGACAAGGACAAGGACAAAUCGCGCAGCGAGAAGAAGCGCCGAAAGGCCGAGCGCACUGCAGCAGCAGCGGCGACAACAGCAGAGACAGUAGAGACGGCGGAGGAGCGCGCGGCGCGGAAGGAGCGCAAGAAGGAGCGGCGUACGGCGGCGGCGGCAGCAGCAGCAGCAGCGGGGGAGACACCGCUGCUGCAGAUGGACCAAGCGGAGACCCCGCCGGCGCCGGUGCCGCCGCGGAGGGUCAUCCAUGCGGCGCCCACGACGGACCCUGCCAGGAUCUACAGGCAGGUGUGUCAGCUACGGGAGACGACGAUGGUGCCGCGGGUGGUUGAGCAGCUGGUGGCCCCGGUGCUGCAGGUGCUGGAUCUAAGUGGGCACAAGUUUGGGCUGGCGGAUGCGGUGGCGCUAGCGGACUUUCUGGCGCUGGUGCCUGUCAAGAACUUGUUGAUGGAGGGGUGCGCACUGACGGACGAGAUGGUGCGUGUGGUGUUGUGCGGGCUUGCUGUAGUGCGGCCGCUGACGGUCUCCCCUGGCGGCGGGGGCGGGACGAAGAGGGAGGAGGGGGCGGGGAGGGGCGUGAUUGAGCGGUUGAGCUUUAAGGAUAAUCCGAAGAUUGGGAGGGAUGGGUGGCGCCAUAUCAGUUUAUUCAUCCACAUGUCGCGCAGCUUGAAGGCAGUGGAUUUGUCGCAGAUCACGCUGCCGAGGCCACCAGCGGUGCAUGCGCCGUCGCAUCCGGGCCAUCCGGGGCAUAUGCAUAGGGCGAAGAAGGAGAGGACUUUGCCGCCGAAUGAUACAACGGCGCUGUUUGCGCGUGCGCUGGGCGAGAGGCUGGUGGGCGUGGGACUGGAGGAGGUUGCGCUGGGAAGGUGCGGGCUCAGUACGGAGCAGCUGGCAUGUGUGAUGGCAGGGAUUGUGAAGGCGGGCACGAAGAGACUGGGACUGGAGGGGAAUGAUAUUGGAGAUGACGGGCUGGCAAUGAUUGCAAAGUGGAUCAAGGGCGGGCCAGAGGGUGAAUCGGUGUGCGAGGCGCUGGAUCUGUCGAAUAACAGCAUACAUGAUCAUGUCGAUAUGAUUUCCGCUUCUCUCACAGACACCUCACCGCUCAUCGCAUUGAGCCUGUCCAACUGCAGCCUUUCAGCAGCAAGCCUUGCCAGUCUUCUGCCCGCACUCACAGCGCUCCCGCGAUUCCGCCUCCUCGACCUCUCCAACAACCCGCUCCUUUUCAGCACGCAGCCCGACGCCCUCACGCUUCUCCGCAAAUACCUCCCCCGCCUGCACAGCCUGCGCAAGCUGCAGCUCGGCAACACCGCCAUGACGCCUGACCACGCAAUCGCGCUCAGCGAGAUCCUGCCCGACAUCCCCAUGCUUGCGCACUUUGAUAUUACUGGCAACACGCUUCUGCUGCCCGAGGAAGGCGGCAGCCUUGAAGAGGGUGCAGCGCUCUUCACCGCCCUCGUCGCCGCCGUAAAGGUCUCAAAGACAAUCGUGCGCGUCGACACCGACGACCCCUCCGGCGACGUCAUCAAGGCCCUCGCCCGCCGCGUCCUGGCCUACUGCCUACGCAACAUGGAAGCCGGCGCCUGUGACGACUGGACCAUCGAUAUGCCCUCCUCGUCGCCGACCGCCACCACCGCCGCCGACGAGGACCCCGAUGCAGACGUCGACGAUGACGAGGAUGACGGCGAGGACGAGAACUACGUCGUCGGCGGCACAGGUGUCGUCAAGGCGCUCGGCGUCUGCCUUGGAAAUACCACGGCGCUCUCCUCCGGCGAGGGUGCCCACGAGAUGGCGCGCACGCUACUGACCCGCGCGCGGAAGAUCAAGUCCCGCAUCCAGCCCGCACUGCGGAAGGCCGUCCAUGGCGAACUGGAGGAGGCGCAGCACCGACGACUGAUCUUCCUCGACGAGACGCUGUAUAAGGUGAUACUGCGCUUUGAACAGGAGUAUCCGGAGUGCCGGCUGCCCACCACCCCCGUCCCCACCACCCCACGGCUGGGCCACUUCAUUAAGAAGGAGGUUGUGCUGCGGCCGCAGACGCCGGAUAUCGAGAGGAUUAGGAGAGUGGUGGAGGAUAUGGCGGGCGAGGAGAUUCGGAGGAAGGUGCAGGAGGGGGGCGGGGUUGAGAAGGUGAUGGAGAGGAUUGGGGAGGGGGGCGUCGCGGAGUGGGAGGUGGUCGGGAGGGGGGGGAGUAGGGGGAGUAGUAAGGGGAGUAGUAGGCAGGGAAGUAGGCAAGGAAGCAGGCAGGGGAGUAGGGAUACUAGUAGGACGAGGUGA